CCGCUCCUCCUCCUCCUCCUCCUCGCAAGACUCCUUUACGUGGCAAACAACGGGCGCCCGAACCAUCUAUUAGCUCCGCUUCCCGUCCGGUGACAGCACAGGUGCAAGAGAUUCCUUAUGGCCCUUCGCGACCAGUACCUGCACCUUCAAAUAUGCGAUCUCCGGUCACAGCACAGGCGCAAGAGAUUCCUUAUGGUCCUUCGCGACCAGUACCUGCACCUCCAAAUCUGCGAUCUCCGGUCACAGCACAGGUGCAAGAGAUUCCUUCUGGCCCUUCGCGACCAGUACCUACACCUCCACAUUUGCGAUCUCCAGACAAUACCCGCCAAGCGAACGCCUUGCCGGUUGGGGCUGCUUCAAUAGAUCUCCCUUCAAAUGGAAAUCUCCCACCUUCCCGAACCCCUUACGUUGGAAUUGGCACCCAUGCUGGCCCGGAUCUCUCUUUCGUGGCUGGUCCUUCCUUCGCCCUCCCAACUGGUCCGGGCUUACGUCCUUCUCCUGGUCCAUCUCUGCCCAUCGCCGAUUCCUCACAGAACACAGCCCCUCCGCUGCCGGCUUUCCCACCGCCAACGUCUCCAUGGCCAAUGUCUUUACCGCUAGAAACAGGGGGUAACAGCCCAGGCGACACGGGUCCGAGGACGCCCGUUGUGUACCGGCCAACUCACCUGCCGUUAGUGAAGAAUGAUAAGUGGAAGAAAUACCCGGAGGUGGACGUUCGUAUCGGCCCGAAUUUAGCGAAGCAUGUAACGAUCAAGCAUAUCUAUAUCACCGUUAAGGAUUUCGGAGAUGUCGAUUCGAUCUUUCUAGAUGUCGAUAUAAGCGGAAACAAGCAAGGAACUGCCAAAGUGCGAUUUCGCAAGGUCUAUGAGCCUUUCUGGGAAAACAUGAAGUUAGAUUUCGGGGCAGGACUCGUCCAGGUCAGGCUUGAGAAGCCGCGUGGAGGCUUUUUCGUUCAGAGUCGUGUCAAUCCAUCGAAAUAUUACCCUAUGAAGCUAAUGUUUCCUGUGGAGUCGAUCGAGUUUGGGUUCAUGUUCCAGCCGGAAGAGUUCAUGCCUAUGUACAAGACGAAGCCGGAUGCUAAUAUCAGCUGGGAAGUCAACCUGCAGAAGAAGAGAAUAGAAAUGACCUUCAGACUAGAGAUCGAUCGGACCGACGCAAAAACCAGCGAGGGUAUAACGGUAGAAACAGACUACGAUCGUGUCGAAAAGUACAUGAUCGAGAUACCAUUCACGCAACUACAAGACAUCUUCAUUCCUGUCGAUGAGGAUGAGAGUAGCUCUAAGCGGACCUUCAUAAUUCCAUUGCCGGAUCCCCCAAAGAUCUCAAGGUUACUUCAAGACCUCACCAAGAGUAUGAAUGAAGCCAGCCUUACUCGCUGGAGCAUAUACGAUGCAUGGAUGCGUCAGACAGAUAUCGAGUACGACAUGAGGGCCAGACAGGAGCGCCCGGUAAGCUUACGACAUAAAAACCCCAUAAUUGAUAUUGGCCGGUGGACAACGUACCGAUUGUCGUUUGACUUGCAGGAUGAAAAAUUGCUCACCACCUUCAAGCUCAUGAUGGAGGCCUUGCAAGACUUCAAUGUGCGCAAAAAGCCGCUGGAGACAUUCCGUGUUAAUAAGGACAAAUCUACACUCAACCCCAUCUGGAGUUACCUCGAUCCUCCUGCCACCACUAGCAACAGUGAGCUACUGAAGAGUCAUCUUGAGUUCCCAGUACGAUAUCAGCUGGAAGUGUGCAUUUCUCAUGGACUCCUCAACGAGUAUAACCUCGCACCUCCGUUCAUCGACAGGUUGGAGAAUAUGUCCCAGCAUGACGCCAUAUCUCUACUCGAAUUGGUUCAAGAAAGGAAAAUCCGUUUCUUUAAUCCGAUGGAGGUGUUCAGCAUCCCCCGUAGCAAAAAGGCGGACUUGAUGAAGGCGAUUCCAGAGUUUUGUGUGUACAUGCGGCGAGCGACAGUCUCUCCUACGGGGAUCCAGUUCCACAGUCCGUCCGUCGAGAUCUCAAACAGGGUCGUUCGGUACUAUGAGAAGUAUGCGGAUCGAUUCAUUCGUGUGUCCUUCACAGAUGAAAAGUCGUCCGGCAGAAUCAGGUUCACCGACAAGGUCGUUUCCAAUGAGCUGUUCAGCCGUGUUUUCAGAACCCUAAACAACGGUAUCGUCCUCGGCGAUAGGCGAUAUGAGUUCCUUGCGUUUGGUAAUUCGCAGUUGCGGGAGCAUGGAGCGUACUUUUUCGCCCGUGCUGAUGAUCUCACUGCUUCCGAUAUCCGUGACUGGAUGGGUCAUUUCUCCAAUAUCCGAAUCAUUGCGAAAAACGCUUCACGCCUCGGUCAAUGUUUCUCGACCACGAAAGCGUUCAAGCAAUUCAAAGUGGAGCCCUCCAAGAUACCGGAUAUCGAGCGGCAUGGCUACUGCUUCUCGGAUGGUGUCGGCAAGAUGUCCCCGAUUCUAGCCGUCCUAAUAACGGCACAGUUGAUCGGCUCCCGACGCACGACUCCACUAAACUACCGGUCUUCUUGCUUCCAGUUCCGUCUAGGAGGUCACAAGGGUGUGCUUGUGGUGAACCCCGAACUCACGAACUGCGAGAUCCAGCUGCGUGAGAGUCAGAUGAAAUUUUGGUCGCCCCACAAGGACCUCGAGAUUAUCCGCUGUUCUCAGUUUGCCUCGGCGUCGCUGAACCGGCAGUUGAUCCAAGUCAUGUCGACAUUAGGUGUCCCCGACGAAUUCUUCCGGGAGAGGUUGAUGCAGAUACUCAGCGACUAUUCAACUGCCAUAAGCAAUCCGGCGAAGGCUUUAGAACUCCUCACCAAACACAUCGAUCCGAAUCAUAUGACUUUGGAAAUCGCCAAUAUGGUCCGUGGUGGGCUCAUGACAUCGAUGGAGCCAUUCGUAAUCUCGCUGAUGUGCCUCUGGCGCGCCUGGACGAUCAAGUACCUCAAGGAAAAGGCAAAGAUUACCAUCGACGACGGCGCCUUCCUGCUGGGUGUAGUCGACGAAACGGGGAUCCUGAAGGGGUACUACCACGAUACCGAAGAUGUCCUCCCGGAGGUCUUUUGUCAGGUCACCGACCUCGCGACUUGCCGUCCCAGGAUCAUCACCGGCCCGGUCAUCGUCGCUCGCAACCCAAGCUUGCAUCCCGGAGAUGUACGGCUCGUCGAGGCAGUCGAUGUUCCGGAGCUACACCACCUCAUAGAUGUCGUUGUUUUCCCGCAGACUGGGGAUCGUGACAUCCCCAGCAUGUUGUCCGGUGGCGAUCUUGAUGGCGAUGAUUACGUGGUGAUCUGGGAUAAGGAUCUCACCGCUCCCGGCAUCUUGAUCAAUGAACCGCCAGCCUCGUACAAGCCACAUGUCCCGUCCCCACUAGAUCGCGACGUCACUAUCCAAGACAUCACCGGUUUCUUCGUCAAUUACAUGAAGAAUGACCGAUUGGGAGCGAUCGCCAAUGCGCAUCUUGCGUGGGCGGACAAGUCGGACCAGGGAGUGAAGAGUACAAUCUGCCUUGACCUUGCGACUCUCCAUUCCGAUGCUGUAGACUACCCCAAGACGGGUAUCAAGGCGGUGAUGGGCAGUAAGUUCCGAAUCCGACAGUGGCCUCACUUCUUUGAGAAGCCCGUCGAGGAAAGCUCCUAUCACAGCACCAAGAUCCUCGGCCAGCUCUACGACAUGGUCGAGCGCGUCGAGUUCAAGCCUUGCUACGAUCUACCGCCGAACGAGUAUCUCAUGACGGCGUUCAACCUGACCGAUGCCGAACUCGACGAAGCCAAGCACUUCAAAAACGAAUAUGACCGAGCGAUGCGCAGAAUCAUGGCGCAGCAUGAGAUCCAAACCGAGUUCGAAGUAUGGAGCACCUUCGUCAUGUUACACAGCAACGGCAACGACUACAAGUUCCACGAGGAAAUCGGCGAGAUCUCAUUCUCGCUCAAGGACCGCUUCCGUAAACAGAUCAUCCACAGCUGUACCAACCGCACUACGCAGCUGCUGAGGAAGGUCGUCGCAAUGUACGUCGUUACCCAGCGCGAGCUCGCAGAGACACUCGAGAAGAUCGAGCAGGAUCGCAAUCGUGCCACUCCCCGCGCAAAGUCCACUCGCCUGUCGGUUGCUACACUCUCGAAGAAGGAACUUGAAACGUUGCCGCUCGUCUCGUUUCCUUGGCUCUUCCCCGAGCUGCUGGUAGAUGUCACUCGUGGACGCACUUCCGUCGCACAGGAUUACUCGGGGCCAGACCACUGUGAUGUAUCGCCUGUUAAUGACGACGAUGUUGAGAUUCAGGAUCUAGACGACGACGAAGAUGAAGCGGAGGCUGGUGAUAUCAUCGAAGUGAGCGGUGAUAGCGAGGACGAGGACGAGGACCUGGAGCAGGGAGAGGAAUACGACGACGCCCCAGAGCAGUUCGACGGAGAAGGCGAAAUCUCCGGAGAGGACGUCGAAGUCCCCAUAGAGGAAAUUGAUGACGACGAAGCCCUGCCGAAAGAGCUAGACUCUGACCAGCUGUCAGUAGAAGAAUCCGUUAGCAUCCGGGUUGAUGAGGCUGCUAGUGAGGAGACCGAGGCUGCUAGUGAGAAGUUCGAGACUGCUAGUGAGAAGUUCGAGAAGUUCGAGGCUGCCGGUGACGAGAACGACGCUGCCGGCGACAAGACCGACGCCACUGGUGAUAAGACCGAGGCUGCUGUUGACAAGACCGACGCCACUGGUGAUAAGACCGAGGCUGCUGUUGACAAGACCGAGAAGACCGGGGCUGCCGGUGACGAGACUGCGGCUGCUAGUGACAGGAUCGGGGCUGCUGGUGACAAGAUCGAGGCGGGCCCGGUAACCCCUGAUACCCAUGACGCUGCAGUUUAGUGCUUACUCUACUUUCCAUUUUCCAUUCUUCAUUCUGAGUGUUUUCUUUCAUUUUCAUUUCUUUCCGAGGGCCAUUUGCUUAUUCUUUUUAUGAUUGUGGUUGUAAUCUCUGUUUUGGGCGCUGUCAGUUUGCUUUGACUUCUCUUCUCUUGAUGCCUUUGUUAUGGGUGAAGGAAUGUGUGGAUGAGGAUGGAAAGGUAAAUGAGACGAUGGCUAUCAUCGUUACCUGCUUGGAAGUAAUUGGAUACUUUUUUAAAAAAAACCGCGGUUUGCGC